ACCAAUCUCCAGACGGCAGCCUGCUAGCCUGCUAGCUGUCAGCGUUAGCCUGUUAGUUGUCAGCGUUAGCCUGUAUAUCUGUCUGAAUAGAACCAGUUUAUGAGUUGAGUUUUUGGAUAAAAUGCCGAGAGUUGCGCGCGACGCGGAGCUGCGGACUCUGACGGAGUGUGAGUACAGGUGUCCAGCUGAGACUCUGUCAGACCUGCAGACGGUCCGGUCCCUGUUCUCUGAUCUGCGUCUCUAUGUGGACUACUACUGUUAUCCGAACAAAGAGAAGAAGAAGCUGCUUUACCUGGCCGGCACACUUCCUGUUUCCUACGACGGAAGUGACUAUAAUAUCCCAGUGUGCAUCUGGCUGCAUGAGACCCACCCGGCGUCGCGUCCCCGCUGCUUUGUCUGUCCCUCCGUCUCCAUGGUGAUCAACCCGUCCUGCUGCUGCGUGGACGCCGACGGCAACAUCAGCCUGGACGCUCUCCGCACCUGGACACAGGGCGUCUCCAACCUGUUGCUGCUGGUGUCAGAGAUGAGGCUGGUCUUCCAGAAGGACCCGCCCCUGUACGCCAUUUCACCAGCCAACGCCACACACCCUGCACCGGCCAAUGCCACACUACAUGCCGGUGUGCCGGUGUCUGGACAGAAAGCCAGCCAAUGGGAGCAGAUCAGCGAGACGAGGCGGUCGUACACCGAGGAGCUGCUGGGGAUCGACUUCAGUUCUUCAUCUUCAUCUUCCUCCAACAACCCCUUCCUCUCCUCCUCCUCAGUUGUAGAAACUUCAGAUCCUCUCAGCAGCAGGAUGGGAGCUCUGACGCUGAGAGCAGGCUCACCUGUACGCACGGUCCAAUCAGGAGCAGCCUCAGACAGACAGAUGACCGUCCAAUCAGGAGCAGCCUCAGACAGACAGAUGACCGUCCAAUCAGGAGCAGCCUCAGACAGACAGAUGACCGUCCAAUCAGGAGCAGCCUCAGACAGACAGAUGACCGUCCAAUCAGGAGCAGCCUCAGACAGACAGAUGACAGCAGCUAGAGCGGACCUCAUGAAGAUGGCAGCAGGUCUUCCUCCCGACAAGGCGGCCAUCUUCCUGUCUCUGGUCACCCUGGAGGGGCGGGACUUCAGCCCUGAUGAUGUCAUGGAGGCCGUCAGACUCAACAGAGAUUACCCAUCAGCCCUCAGGUUCCUGUCUCACUGCUGCCCACUCUGCCAGGACCAGGUGUCCUUCAGCAAGAUCAUCACCAUGACUCACUGCUCCUGCUUCCUGUGUCAGACGUGUUUUAAGACAUUCUUCUCGGCAGCCAUUAAAGAGCGCAGCAUCGAUCAGCUGGUCUGUCCUCAGUGUGGCCGGCCGGAGGUCAAAGGUCACGCAGGGAUGGAGUACUUCAACCUGCUGGACACUCAGAUCCGCCACUUCCUGUCUCCUGAGAUCCAUGAACUGUUCCAGAGGAAACUCCGAGACCGAGCGCUGCAGGAGAUGCCAAACUUCCGCUGGUGUGCUCACUGUUCGUUCGGCAUGCUUCAUGAAGCGGACCGGUUGAGAAUGGACUGUCCCAGCUGCAACAAGAGUACCUGCUGUCAGUGUAGAUCAGCUUGGUCUCCUGAACAUCAGGGAGUUUCCUGUCAGCAGUUCAGAGUCUGGCAGCAGCAGAACCACCCGGACCUCCAGAACUCGGCCCUGCUCAGCUACAGCAGCAUCGAGUGUCCCCAGUGUCAGAGUGUCUUCAGCCUGUCCCGAGGAGGCUGUCUCCACUUCACCUGCAGCCAGUGUCAGCAUCAGUUCUGUGGCGGCUGCAGCCAGCCCUUUCUACCCGGAUCUUCACGAGGGUCCACCAAGUCUAUAUCCAAGUUUUCGUGCAGAUUGGACUCCACGGCCCAGGAGGAGUUAGACAAAUUGGGACUCACGCUCUAG